UUACAAACGUGCCGAGCCAAACUAAUGGCCAUUUUCAACUAACAAACACAUUCAAACAACAUUUGGAACAUCAUGAUUAAGAUUACUUUCAACAUUUUAACUCUACUUUUAUACUCCACUGAGGUUUACUCCACUCCACAAGUGGUGCCAGCGACUGAUAGCGGAGGCCCGACCAUUAAAUUUACUUGUACCGAGGAUUUGGCGCCGGGAGAGAUACUGGCUUGGUGGCAAACGAAAGAUUUUUGGACGGACAGCACCCUUGUAUACAAGGAAUUUUUCCCGCUAGAGAAAGACACGGUGCACUUCAAAGUACGCGCGACUAACGACGCUUACUUCGGGUUCUUGUCUCAACCGAAAAACGUGCCACCAUGGAUAGAUAUAGUUUUGGGAGGAUGGGACAAAACAAGGAAUUCCAUAACGUUGAACAGAGUUCACAAAGUUUUCGCUAAUAUCGACUAUAUGGUCAACAAUUGGGAAUUUCGCGGGUUCUGGGCACGCAAGGACGGCGAUUGUGUGUCCGCGGGGUUUGAGGGUCAGACCAGCCCCUUCAUAACGUGGAACAGCACCACAGAGUUUAACGCGACCCACUUCAGCAUCGCCACUGGAUGGGGGUCGACUGGCAACUGGAAAGUAGAAGGACAUUCUUGGAUGGAUCAUGAUGAAUUGCUAAAUAUGGUUCAACAUACCGGUGAAGAACUCUUGAAAUCAACGGAGUUGGUCCUGAACAAGACCCGAAGUAACAUCGACAGCCGAUCAAAAGUAUUCUGCGCCAGGCAUAGGUUAUUUGGUGAUGGAACAUGGACUGGCGGAGUGGAGUCCAGAUAUACAAUUUUGGCAACUCAGACUGAGGAUAUACCGUCGGGAGAGCUGUCCGUCAAGGUGGGGCCGGAGACUCGGAUAGAAUUCGAUGAGAACAGCCAGGUGAAGUUCACCUGCAGCGGCAGCGUCCCAGUCGACGGCAGGAUUCUAACAUGGUUCAGAAAAGACCGCAGUUACCGUGAUCCAAUAAGCCUUGAAAACCAAAAUUACGACCCGACCGCCAACACCAACGAUUUAGAACUAACCCUAGACGAGUCUUACGACCAAAACCAGCUGUUCUGUGCUCAAGGGUACCAAUAUUCUAUGCAACUUAACGGUACUAAGAUAAUUAAGAAUUAUGGAGAGCUAGUGAGAUCAGAAGACAUCACUCUUGUUAUGAAGAGGGGAAAUGUUACGAUACCGAUACCUCCGAGUACGAGUAAACCCCAAAACGAGUGCUCGGCGGGGCAACGCGUGUCGAUGUGGCCAGAGAUGGUGAUGGUUGCGGUGAUAUCGACUUUCGUGACGGCGUCUGUCAUUUGUCUCUCAAACAUAAAAUGUUUUUCUACUAGAGUCGGUUCAAGCUAA